AUGGCCAUGCUACGGGGAAUGCAGUGUUAUUGUCAUAUCUUUGCCGAAAUACUAGAGACAAAUCCCUCAGAUCCCUUUGCUGCACCUGAAACAGGUUAUGGGCGGAUUCUGUUGACUAUCAUAUAUCUCGAACGGCCAGAGCGACAACCGUCCCUCAUAAUGACAAUGAAGCCUGAAAGACAAGUGGCGUCAGAAUUGGUAGUCUGCCAAAUCGCUGUUGUCAAGCAGAUAUAA